AAUACUGCAGGGUCUGCCUCUCUUCAAAACAUUUGCACACAGCAAUUUAGGAUCAGACUUGAACGCUCAGAACAAGUACUAAGAAAUAAGAAACCCCUCAGUAUGAAUAUGUACUGGAAGGCGUGCAUGGUGCUCACGUUGGCUUUAUUUGUGCAGGUACAUGCACAGUCACAGAGAAGAAAACUUGGAGGCUGGAAUGAAAUUAACGAGGAUAGUCAGGGUGUCCAGUCUGCUUUGAGUUUUGCAAAGGAAGAAUUCAACAGAAACAGCAACGACGGAUACAUCAUCAAUAUCAACAGGACUAUAAAACUCAUGAGACAGGUGGUUAGUGGCUCAAAAUAUAGAAUGGAAGUUGAAGUUACUAUGAGCUCCUGUAACAAUGAUGAUACAGAACCAUGCCCCGAUGAGAUACAUCAAACAAAGAUAUGCAGAUUUCAAGUUUUAUCUGUCCCCUGGAAAAAUCAGAAUGAUCUGGUGAGCAGUUCAUGCAACUAGAGAAGAUUGAUCCAUGUAAAAAAAAAAAAAACUCUUGGCUGUCACAAAAAAGAAUUUGUCAAUUUUUUUUGAUCAAAUAAAACAUAACAUACUC